AUGGCAGUGGAGCGCCGGCGCCGGGACAAGAUCAAUAACUGGAUCGUGCAGCUCUCCAAGAUCAUCCCCGACUGCGGCGCCGACACCAGCAAGAGCGGCGCGAGCAAGGGGGGGAUCCUCUCCAAGGCCUGCGACUACGUGCGGGAGCUGCGGCAGAGCAACCAGCGCCUGCAGGACACCCUCAAGGAGGCCGAGCGCCUGCACAUGGACAACGACCUCCUCCGGCAGCAGAUGGAGGAGCUCAAGAGCGAGAACGCGGUGCUGCGGGCCCAGCUCCAACAACGGGGGCUGGAUGGGACCCCCGAGGGGACCCCCCAGUGACGUCACAAAGGGAGGACACACCCCCCCC